AUGCCUGUAAGUGCACUACUCUUUUCUUCUACAACAUUUAAUCUGCUCUUACUACCAUCCACUCUUGUUAUUGUUUUUCUGAGACAUUGUAGUUUUCAUCUCUAAAAUUUCACUUUGGAUCUUCUAUCUUUUAUAUCUCUCCCUAACUUCUUAAAAAUACAGUGAUAAUAACUGUUUUAAUCGCUUUCUCUGCCAAUUCUAACAUCUGUGUCAGUUCUUGGCCUGUUUUGAUUGAUUGACUUUUCUCCUCAUUAUUGAUCAUGUUUUCCUCCUCUUUGUAUGCCUGGUAAUCUUGACUGAUUACCAAACACCACAAAUUUUACCUUCUUGGGUCCUGAAUAUCUUUGUAUUCCUAUGAAUCUUGAGCUUUGUUCUGGGAUGCAGUUAAAUUUUUUUGGAAGCCACUUUCUUCUAAGUCCAUUAUGAUUUGUUAGGUGGGUUUGGAGCAGUGCUCAGUGCAGAGCUAAUAAUUAGUGUAGAGCUAAUUAUUCCUCACACUGAGACAAGACAUUCCUGAGAACUCUCUCCAAUGCCCUGUAAAUUAUAAGUGUUUCUAGUCUGGCUGGAGGCAAACAAUUUACAUUUUAUUAUGAAAAUGAAGUCUGCAAACAAGAUUACUUUAUUAAAUCACCACCUUCUCAGCUGUUCUUCUCUGUGAGCUCUUGGAAAAAGCGGUUUUUUGUCCUGUCAAAGAGUGGGGAAAAGAGCUUUAGUCUUUCCUACUAUAAAGACCAUCAUCAGCGAGGUGCCAUUGAAAUUGAUCAAAAUUCAAGUGUAGAAGUUGGCAUAAGUAGCCAGGAAAAGAUGCAAUCUGUGCAGAAGAUGUUUAAAUGCCACCCUGAUGAGGUCAUGUCCAUCAGAACCACUAACAGGGAAUAUUUCCUCAUCAGCCAUGACAGGGAGAAGAUUAAAGACUGGGUCUCCAUCAUGUCAUCAUUUUGCCGGGAUAUAAAAGCAACACAUCAGAACACAGAGGAGGAACUCUCACUGGGUAAUAAAAGAACUGUCUUCUACCCCAGCCCUCUCCUUGGCUCUUCCAGCACAUCAGAGGCUGUUGGCUCCAGCUCGCCAAGAAACGGUCUCCAAGACUUGCGUUUAAUAGAAAAAAGUUCUCCAGGACUUAGGCAAGCUGCUCUGCAAGAUUUGUCGUCAGAAACCACUCAAGAUAUGGAGGAAGAGAGUCAUUAUCUUACUCCUCGAAGUGUUCUUUUAGAGCUGGAUAAUGUCAUUGCUUCCAGUGCUUCUGGUGAAUCCAUUGAAACUGAUGGUCCAGAGCAGGUCUCUGGAAGAAUCGAGGGCCAUUAUGUGUCAAUGAAAUCCUGUAUUUUCAAAGAGACAUCCCAUGAGUCUGUGGAUAGCAGCAAAGAGGAACCCCAGACCCUUUCGGAGACCCAGGAUGAGGACUUCCACCUGCAAGAACAAGGCUCAGAAAUUGAUUCAUGUCUUUCCCCUGCCGAUACGGAAGCACAGAACACAAGUGACAAAAAGGGUAACAUCCCUGAUGAAAGCCAAGUGGAGAAACUGAACGUUUUCCUUUCUUCUCCUGAUGUCAUAAACUAUCUUGCUCUCACAGAAGCCGCAGGACGGAUAUGUGUGGCUCAGUGGGAAGGUCCCCCACGUCUGGGAUGCAUAUUUUGCCAUGGAGAUCAUCUUUUGGCAGUGAAUGGCCUGAAGCCCCAGAACCUGGAGGAGGUCUCCUUGUUUCUCACCCGGUCCAUCCAGAAGGAGGACUCUUUUAGGAUUCUUUCAUAUCAAGUAGCAUUUGGAGAGGGCACUGGGCUAAGAGACAGAGCACCUGGGUUCAGAACCUCCGAUCAGCAUGAGGUAGCAAAAAGAGCGUGCAUGAAUUCAGAUUGGUGCAGGGGUUCCAAACCCGCUCCUUCAACCAAUUUGCGCAGUUUUCUUUUCUGUAAAAUUAUGGCUAAUGAUGGUGCUGGUUGUGGGAUAAUUAAAUGAGAUAAUAUGUAUAACAUGCUUACAAGGUGACUGGCACAUAUUAGAUGCUCGAUAAAGUUACUAGUUACUUUUACUUCUAC